AUGUCAGAGGUAGAAGAAGAAGAAGAAGUAGAAGAAGGAACAAGUAGUGGAGCAAUUACAGGUGGCUCUAGAAGCUUCGAUCUACCUGACGAAGUUCUUCAAGUUCUACCUUCCGAUCCAUUCGAACAGCUCGAUGUAGCUCGCAAAAUCACGUCCAUCGCUCUCUCGACACGUGUCUCCGCUCUCGAAUCAGAGUCGUCGGAUCUCCGAGAACUCGUCGCCGAGAAAGAUAAAGAAAUCGCUGAGUUGCAAUCUCACGUUGAGUCUCUCGACGCUUCUCUCUCCGAUGCCUUUCAUAAGCUUUCUCUCGCGGAUGGUGAAAAGGAGAAUUUGAUAAGAGAGAAUGCUUCGUUGUCUAAUACUGUGAAGAAACUUCAGAGAGAUGUCACUAAGCUUGAGGGUUUUAGGAAGACCCUUAUGAUGUCUCUUCAAGAUGAUGACCAAAAUGCAGGAACAACACAAAUCAUAGCUAAGCCUACACCAAAUGAUGAUGAUACUCCAUUUCAACCAUCAAGACAUUCAUCAAUGCAAUCUCAAGCUUCUGAAGCUGUUGAACCUGCUGCUGCUACAACAGACAACGAAAACAAUGACGCUCCUCCUAAACCGAGUUUAUCAGCCAGUUUGCCAGUAGUAUCGCAAACUGCUACGCCACGGCUUACUCCUCCUGGUUCUCCACCUAUUUUGUCUGCUUCUGCUACACCUAGAUCAACUUCGAGACCUCUCUCUCCUCGACGUCAUUCUGUAUCCUUCUCUACUACUAGAGGCAUGCUUGAUGAUACUAGAUCUUCUAUUUCAAUCUCAGAGCCUGGUUCACACACCGCAAGAACUCGGGUUGAUGGAAAAGAGUUCUUCCGACAAGUCAGGAGCCGAUUAUCUUACGAGCAAUUUGGUGCAUUUCUUGGUAAUGUGAAGGAUCUUAACGCUCACAAGCAAACAAGAGAAGAAACGCUUAGGAAAGCUGAAGAGAUAUUUGGAGGCGAUAACAGAGAUCUCUAUGUCAUAUUCGAGGGCUUGAUCACACGCAACGCUCACUGA